AUGACCCGUCCUCUGGAGGACAUCCACCAGACCAGCGGUCGCUCGUUGGAUUGCUGUCGGCCGCGGCAGGCGAGGAAGGUGGGGAGGAUGCUGAAGCAAGGAGGCCGGAAGCUGACACCUCCUCGGUUUGAAGUGAUGCUCAUUCACACUUUGCUCUACUCCAUCUCUCUGCUCACUGUAGCUCUCAACCUGCUCGUCAUCAUCUCAGUCUCCCACUUCAGGCAGCUCCACACACCCACCAACAUCCUCCUCCUCUCUCUGGCUGUCUCAGACUUUCUCGUGGGCCUCGUGUUGAUGCCGGGAGAAAUCCUCCGAAAAACAUCCUGCUGGUUUCUUGGUGACCUUGUGUGUUUUCUUUAUAAGAAUAUUUCAGCCAUCAUUACCGUCUCCUCAAUAGGUGACAUGGUGCUCAUAUCAGUUGACCGUUAUGUGGCUAUUUGUUACCCUUUGCAUUACACCGCCAGAAUCACUGUGAACAGAGUUAAACUCUGUGUUUGUCUGUGUUGGCUCUAUUCUGUUACCUACAGCUUUCUCUUUCUGAAGGAUGACCUGACUCAACCAGGGAGGUAUAAUUCCUGCUACGGAGAAUGUGUGUUUCUCGUUGACUAUGUCUUGGGAGCUCUAGAUCUUGUUUUGUGCUUUAUUGUUCCAGUUACUGUCAUCAUAGCUCUGUAUCUGAGAGUAUUUGCCGUGGCUGUGUCUCAGGCUCGUGCCAUGCGCUCUCACAUUACAGCUGUCACACUCCAGCAUUCAGUGACACCAAAGGCAAAGAAAUCAGAGCUGAAAGCAGCCAGGACUCUUGGUGUUCUGGUAGUUGUGUUUCUAAUGUGUUUCUGCCCAUUAUACUCUGUCUCUCUUGCAGGUGACAGCUUGGUCAAUGCUUCAUCUACAGCCUAUGUUAUCUUUGUGUUCUAUUCUAACUCUUGUCUAAACCCUGUGAUCUAUGCCUUCCUUUACCCCUGGUUUAGAAAAUCAGUUAAACUCAUAGUUACUCUUCAGAUCCUGCAGCCUGGCUCCUCUGAGACCAACAUGCUGUAG